AUGUCCGAAGGUCCCAGCGCCACGUACCGCGUCGCUCUGAGAGGCGAGGACAUUCUCGAGCAUCCUCGCUGGAACAAGGGCACUGCCUUCACCGACCAGGAGCGCAAGGCAUUUGGGCUUGUCGGCAGGUUACCUUCGAGGGUCAAUACCAUUGAUGAACAGUGCGCUCGGGCAUGGGAUCAACUACAGCAGCGCGACUCGCCUAUACGCAAGAACUCGUUCUUGCAGAGCCUGAAGGAACAGAACUGGGUGCUCUACUAUCAGCUUCUGCGCAGGCACCUCACGGACUUGAUGCCUAUCGUAUACACGCCCACUGAGGCCGAUGCUAUCGCGGAAUACUCGCAUCUCUUCCGCCGCAGUGAAGGCUUGUACUUGUCUUUCCCCAACGAGGAUUCGAUGGAAGAAGACUACUUGGAGCAGACCCGCGGGCGAGAGAUCGACCUCAUCGUCUGCAGCGACGCUGAAGCCAUUCUCGGCAUCGGUGAUCAAGGUGUCGGCGGUAUAGGUAUAUCCACGGCCAAGUCUGUCAUCUACACCUUGAUUGGCCGCAUGAACCCGUCGAAGUCGCUCGCUGUGGCUUUGGAUGUUGGGACUAACAAUGAGAAGUUGCUUAACGACCCUCUCUAUGUUGGUUGGCCACAGAAACGCGUUCGAGGUGAAGCAUACGACAAGUUUAUCGACAAGUUCGUUCAACUCGUCCGGAAGCAUCACCCGCAUUGCCUCUUACACUUCGAGGACUUCGGCGUCACGAACGCUCAAAGGCUAUUGGAGCUGUACCGCCCGCAGCAUGCAGUCUUCAACGAUGAUGUACAGGGCACCGGCGCUGUUACGCUCGCAGCAGUCAUGUCCGCUGUCGGCGUUACCAAGUCCAAGCUUUCAGACCAACGCUUCGUCGUCUAUGGCGCCGGAUCCGCUGGUCUGGGCAUCGCACGCCAGCUCCGCGAUGCUCUAGUCCAGCUUGAUGGCGUGCCGGAAGAAGAGGCCAACAAGCACUUUUAUCUCCUCGACAAGUUCGGCUUGAUCAAACAAGGUCUCGGUCAAGACAAAAUACGGCCUGCCCUCGCGAGCUUCGUCAGAUCGGACGACGAAUGGACAGACGCUCAGACAAACGAGAACGGCGAGGUUGGGCUGCUGGAAGUCAUGAAGCGCGUCAAGCCGACCGUACUCAUCGGAUGCUCAACACACGCGGGCGCAUUCACCGAGGAUGUGAUUAAGGCCAUGGCAGAGGGAGUCGAUCGCCCAAUCAUCUUACCAUUAUCGAACCCGAGUCGCCUUGUCGAGGUUGACCCUGCUCAGGCGAAUGAGUGGACGAAGGGGAAGGCGCUAUUGGCUACAGGAAGCCCAUUCCCACCGGCGAAGAUGCCCAGCGGUAAGGACUACGUCAUCGCCGAAUGCAACAACGCCUUGAUCUACCCCGGCCUGGGCUUGGGCACAGUCGUGUCGCGCUCCCGAUCAUUGACCGAUUCGAUGAUCUUAGCCGGAGCCCGCCGUCUCGCUUCCCUUGCCCCAGCUCUGAAGGACCCCGACGAUGCACUCUUGCCUGCUUUCGAGGACUCGCCGGAGGUCAACUUCGAGGUCAGUUGCGCGGUUGCUGAGCAGGCCAUCGAGGAAGGGACCGCGGGCGUAUCAUGGGGAAAAGACGAAGUGCGCGAGCGCGUGAAGGAGUCUAUCUGGUUGCCCGAGUACGGCAACUAUGUGUACGAUGAACAGGGCGAGAAGUAG